UCCAAAGCGGUUAGUGCGAGCCAAACUACCAGUGACUGUGGUGUGUUAAGUGUAGUCCAAGGAGUACAGUCUUCGGAACGCGAUCGAGACCAGUGCUCAACGUUUGACUUUAAUAGAGUUAAAGUUUUAAAACGUAAAUUUAGCAAAAUGUUCGGAGCGCAUCGAAUUGCCGGGACUAUUGCGUGGGCUUUUGUUUUUUCAACUUUCACGCUCUUGGAGAUGGCUGCCCUUCCCGCAACUACAUCUGUGCCUCACACCACCCACAUCGUCAGCUACGUUCACCAAGGCAGAGUCGGCGCAAAGAGGGGUGAAAUAAGAGAAUUCGACUAUGAGAGCGUUCAAAACAAAGCUGGCGGGCGCAGCGCAGCCUUACGCUCUACUAAACCGGCAACCCCACUCUCUGAACUGUAUGGCGCAUUUGUAGAACAACUAGAUAUGAAUCUUGACAAUGGUUUUCAGAGCACUGGAGGCAGCGCUAUGGUUCAGCAAUAUACCACCGAAGCGGCCAACAGAACUGACGACUUACUGGUUUUGCAUCAAAAUACACUGGACGACGCCGAUGACGUCUUUGGUCGCAGUGAGCAGCAUGAGUCUUCCACCAUGGUGAAGAACUGUAGCCAGCCGCACGUUGGGUGCCCGUUGUGGAAUCGCAUGAAGCAAAGCAUACCGGUGUUGGAGCCUGUGCGGCAUCUUCUCAAUACCGUACGUGACCAGCACAACCAGACUGUGCAUGCGGCCCGGCAGCAUCAUCAGUUGCUGGCCGCAAUGAAAGGUGGUUUCGGCGAUCACACGGCUGCUAACGAGUCGUCGGCCAUAGAGACCGAAGAGGAUCGCGAGACUGCCAACGAGAGCACAGAAUUCAAGUUGCUUGACUUUGCAGGCAGCCUGGUUAGCAUGCUGUGGGGCUUCAUUGGUAAUCUUCAGCGCAUCUUUGCGGCCAGCAGUGGAAAUGCCUUAGCUUCCUCCUCGUCCGGUUCAUCAGGUGGUCAGUAAUCUAGUAUUCACAAAUGUGAAAUUUAUUUUUUGGACAGAUGUACCCUGAGUCAACUGUGAUUAACAACAUUUUGCUAAUUUUAGAGAUAUGUAUGUACUUAAAUAAAGUGUAUAUGUAUGUACAUAUGUGUGUAAGUCUAUACAAUGUACUAGCAAUUUAGAUUAUUUUAAUUGAAUUGAUUUAGUAUCGAAAUAAAUAUUUAUGCAUUUAA